AUGUCUCACUUGUCUGCGUCGCCUUCUCUGUUGGUCAGCCUGGUCCUUAUUCGGGAACCAUGUAUCAAGUUCACGGGUUACGGAAAUAUCGAGCUGUUCCUGGCAUUGGAGUGGACGAGAGAGCUUGAAACUGCGGGAUACAAAAGCGUUGGAGAGACGUGGGUGCCCGCCCCGGACAUAGACCAAGAACUGCAUACGCGACGAGCUCUUAUGGAACGAUGGGCCUCUGCGGACCAGAGCAUUCGUGAUGGUUAUGUUCUCCGCGCGCAGUCUCAGCCGCGGAGGAUGCAGUGUCCCGCAACCCUCCUAGAUCAGCACCAUCUCCACCGAUUCAUUUGCACAGCUCCCGUGGACUGA